GGGGAACUCGCUCGGUUUUUCUCUUCAUGCGCCACUCUAUGAUUACCGCGGCUUGAUAGUCUUCGUAUUCUGUCUGGCAACCAACCUUCCCCGUGGACUGUUCGGCUUUCGUCACUGCCGUGGUGAAGAUGGAACAAAUGGGUUGCCAAUACACAGUCAUUCGGGACGUUGGUGUAUCGCGUAGUAGCUGGACAGAGGUGUCGGUUUUCAUUGCACGCAGACUGCCACCGAUCUUGGAGAUAACCUCGUACCCAAAAGCAAGAAUAACAAAUAUGGAGCCAAAUCACUAUACCUCGCUGUGGUUUUUCUUUAGCGUCUACAUGCACACACGGUUGGCGAUUUCGAUGCUCGUGGCUGUACAUGCAACUGGCUCUCGCUGUCCAGCAACUACCUGAACACAUCGCAUUCCUUUCUCAAGCGUUACCACUUUUCCACGCAAUCAAAGCGCGACUAGAUUCCUUACCUUUCAUUUGUUAAAGCUAUGAAUUGAAAAAAGUGCUUCUUCAGACGUGUAUUUCCGUGUCUUGGCGACUGCAUGCACUCGGCCCAACAGAGAACAGUAGGCGUUUGUAUUUCUCUGAGUCCGAGAUCACACCUGACUCUGGGUCCAUGUCUUCUUCAUUCAUCCGUCUCCCGGUCUGUUUAAUGUGACGCGUUGUCUUUUAGUCCGAAGCAACUCUGCUGUGGCACGUGAUCUGAGCGUUCUUCCCCGUUCUCCCGCCUGUCCCCUGCAUGUCGUCAUGGCACCUGCGUCGUCUGUGAGCGCUAUAUUCAAUCCUCUCCUGGUGCCGACCUUGUCUCCCGCCUGUCAUUCCCAUUCUUCUUCUGCUCCUCUUCGUCUUUCGAAUGUUCGUGUUCUUGUCGUCGGUGCGGGAGGAAUAGGCUGUGAAGUUUGCAAGGAUCUUCUCCUGUCCGGUUUUCGGCGGCUGUGUGUCGUCGACCUUGACACGAUUGACGUGAGCAAUCUGAAUCGUCAGUUCUUCUUCAGAAACGCCCAUGUAGGUUUGAGCAAGGCAUUCGUCCUAGCGGCCGCUUGUUCGGCUCUUCUGUCCCCGACAGAGCGGCAGGCUCUCGCCCGCAAGCGAGCGAGAGCCUUAAGGCAGCUGCAGCAGACCGGCGAAGUCGACUCCGAGGGAGAGGAGGAAAGUGAAGAAAACAAUGAUGGAAAGCCUGGACCUGAUGCGGACGGUCAGGCACCUUUGUCUGAAGCCGAAGGAGUCGGAGAGCGGGAAGGUGACGUCUGCAUCGACGGAAGGACCGUGUGGGGUGUGGUGGGCCAGAAAAUGAACAUUCUGUCUUCGGACUUCACCAUUCAGUUGCUCCAGACGUACGACGUGGUUAUCUCUGCGUUGGAUAACCAGAAAGCGCGCCGUCAUUUGAACGGUCUCUGCAUCGCUGCUGACUUGCCCCUCAUUGAGGCGGGAAGCACCGGGUACUCUGGGCAAGUGAUGCCGAUUCUUAAGAACGAAACGCUCUGCUACGACUGCGAGGCCAAGCCGAGGGAUCAGCAGCGGUUCCCGGUCUGUACACUGCGCCAGCGCCCGGAACGCCCGGAGCACUGCAUUGCGUGGGCCAAAAUGAUUUACGAACUCGUGUUCGGGGUGGAGGACAACGAAAAUCUCCUCUCCGAUCUGAAGGAGCAGCUAAGAACCUUCCUCGAUGUCUCCUCAACUGCAGAAGCAGAAGGUAGAGAAGACGAGACCAGCCGACCAGGAACGCAUGAAAAGGGCGCAGGAGAAGACAGCGCGGGGACGCGGGAAGAGGCCAUGCGACUGAUGAGUCGGAAGAUGAUGAAGGAACUGUUUCAUGACCAGAUUGUCGAUCUCCUCAGGCUCAGCCAGGAAAACAAAGAGGCGAUGAAAAAACAAGAAGUGCUCCCUACUCCACUCUGCGUCCAGGGGCUCACAGACAAGGAAACAUUCGAGGCCAGCCACUGCAGAGCCUCAGAAGACGCCAAGACAACGAACAAAGGACCCAAACAGAACGCGAUUGCUCCGACAGAAAACACUCAAGGAGAAGGCAGCGGAUUAGAGAGCCAGAGGACGUGGAGCGUCCAGGAGUGCCAGGAGGUUUUCGAGCGGAGUUUUUUGGGUCUCCUUGAACGCCAGAAAACAACAGAGCGUGAAAACGCAGGAACUGGAAAGCGGGAAGCCGGGAUUCCGUUCGACAAGGAUGACGACCUUGCGAUGGACUUUGUCGCCGCCGCUGCCAACCUGCGCAUGCACAACUUCCACAUUGCACUCAAGUCCCGCUGGUUCAUCCAGGCUGUUGCCGGCUCUAUCAUCCCCGCCAUCGCUGCGACCAAUGCAGUUGUCGCCGCUCUUCAGGUUGUGCAGUUGUUCCAUCUUCUCCAAUUUCUUCAUUCGGAGGGUCGACUACGCCACCAGCGACGAGAGGCCCCUCAGGAGGAAAACGAGAAGAGGAAACCAGUGAAGACUCUCAGGUCUGACAGCAACUGCCGUUACGUUUGGGUCAAACCCUUUGUAACAGGAGUGCGACCAGACGCAGCGGGCCGUCUCAUUCUUCCCGAAGUGGUGGACCCUCCGAGAGCCUCGUGUUUCCUUUGCCAGCAACAGACAGUCACGAUUGAGCUUGCAUCUCUCUCGGCAUGGAACAUCGAGACGUUCGUGGAGAGAAUUGUGAAAGGAGAGUUGGGGCUGGCCCAUCCGUACCUUGACUCUGAGUCGCGGAAUUUGUAUGAUGUAGAUGAAGUCGAUGAACAGAGGGAAGACGGAACAGGUGAAGGCGAAGCAUCCCCUCUGAAGCAGCCCUUGACGAACUUCGGGAUUGUGUCCGGAACCAUUCUCACGGCGACAGACUUCUCCAGGGGCGACUUUCAAUGUAAUCUCCUGAUUCUCGAACGCUCCGAACUCGGUGAAAAGAACAAGGAUGAUCCCCAUAUCUUUCGCCUUGUGCGUGAGAGCGGUGCCUCUUCGACUGCUGAGAAAGAGACACAAGUCAGUCAAGGCGAUAAGGCGACGGCAGAGCAGAAGACCCAGGAGCCCGCCGCACGUAAAGAGGAUCAGAAAGGCGACAACCUUGAGGACGACAAUCACGUGGGCCGUAACAGACAGGAAAAACGACCUCGAGAUGAGACUAGCCAGGCGACAAGCACAGAACGACAGACGCUGGGCAAUGCAGCAGACGUGGAAAUAGUGGUUCUCGAUGAUCAGGAACACGGGGAAUCCCCAGUCGCUUAUCCGAAGGCAAAGAAGAGAAAAGAAGUCAGUCCGUCUUGUGAAGAUGCAGAGAUCAUUAUCGACGAUGAUGAUGAGUAGAGAGGCGAUUCAGCAUCGAGGCAGAGAGAGCGAGAAAGUCUCCACGUUCCUCAACUCCUAUUGCCGGGUAGUAUGCUGCGUCCUUUUCUCUUUCCCGCCUCUUCUGUAACGUGUCUUCUUUUGAUCGUCCUUUUCUUCUGGCAUGCUUUUUCUUGCCCAAGGUUCGGCAUGAUACUAAAGUGCCACGCAUGCACAGACCGGGCCGACGGAGAGUCAGUUGUUUAUUACGCAUCGCGGCUCCUUGGUUUUUUUGUGCAUCUUCCAAAUUUCGCGGUUUUUUCAGAAUUCCAUCAAGCUGUCGCACCUCCAGGUUCGCCUAAAUGUCCAAUUGCAUUCUCUGUACUUCCUGUCUUGCUCUUUCCCUGUCACGUUUCCUUCCCGGUCUGCGGCCUCCAGCUUCCCAAACAGGUGGCGUGCCCGCAAGCCGAUUUGUGCUGAGAAGUCGAGGUUUUUACAGCAUACGGUCUUUUUCGCAGUCGUGGAACUCUGUUUUUACAAGUCAAUGUAGAAUCCACGGUAUGGAACAACGCUUCCAACGGUCGGGAUCACGGGAUUGGUAAGCGGUUGAGUUGGGCAGCUAAACUCGAAAAUUUUGUUUCUUGAAUCCGCGAGACGCAAAAACACUCCGGCACGGAAAGGCUUAAAAUGUGAGAGAGUGUGCAUGUUAGAGCUACUUCAGACGGACCGCAACCAACAAUAGCAGCACCGCUUAGCGUCGGUUUUACUUUAUUGAAAGGAGGCUUUACUUGGCAAAGCCGCACCAGCACACACAAACAAAACCCACGACACAGACCUCUGUGCGAGGCCAUGCAGGCUCGCGGUGUAUCAAUGCAGAAAUUGAGGACAAAUUACACAAAAAACUAACGCAGUUGCUUAAGAUACCAUCUGGUUAGCGAACCGCCACCUGUAUCCGCUGUUUAAAAAGAACCGGAACUUGAGGACCAUGAGAGAGUUCCGCUCUGCGGAAUAUUUUGUGGAUUUACUGCAGCCGCCCGUCAGCACUUUUCGCGGUUCUGCCGAUUCAUUCUCAUCUCUCUCCUCUCUCCCUUGAAACUUUGUUUCUCAACGGGAGUUUUUCUUCGUGCAUGUAGUACCAGCUUCGCUGACAACGCUGGCUCCACGGGCUUUGCCACAUGGAAGCCGCUAUUCGCUGUAACGCAUCGUUAUCUUGCCGGAAACAUUUUUCUGCUCACGACUUCUCCUUUGACACCCCCAUUUCUCCACUCUCUCGAUGCACGCCUAUCCCGUGUCGUGCGAGGGGUUGUACAAAGGGCGGGAGGAAGGGCUACCGAAGUAUGACAAGACCGGAAACGUUUCUAUGACCUAGAUAUAAUACACGGGGAACAAUGUUGCAUGCAUUCUGUAUUUCCCUACUUUAUUAUCU